AGAAGAAUGUUUAACAGGUUUUUGACUUCCGGUCUCGUAGCAGCGGCUGCCGCUGUUAUGGCACCAAAAUCCGAAAUAAAGUUUUUGUAUAAUUUCCGAAACAAGACUAGUUCCCCACCUAACAGUGCAGAUAAUUGGUGGGAAUCUAGUGAUACAGUUAGAAAACAAGGGAUGUCUAAAGCAGUUUUUCAGCUUCAAACAACUCAGGUGUACCAACGUGGCGUAGUAUUUGUAUUACUAAAUCCUCAGCCCAACGGAGCAGGGUUUGCAGGGGUAAAGACAAAUAUUGAAGGAGAAGAUUUAACAGGUUUUACUGGUUUCGAGGUUUUAGCCCGGGGUCGGGGGUUGGAAAACUGGAAGAUAGUUCUCACACAUAAAAUGGAGGCCGUUGACCCAUUAGUUAACUAUGAGGGGUUUUUCAAGCUGGAUUCUCAGUCUUUGGAACUUCAAAAUAUUAGGAUCCCUUUCCGGGAUAUUAAACCAUAUUUUAGAGGUCGAGAAGUUAAAGAUGUCCCUGAUCUAGACCCAGCAGCGAUAUCUACAUUCGGGUUACAGGCGUACGGUGGUGUUUACGAGACAGAGAAACAGUCUGGAUCCGGUUCCAUGGAGAUUGAUUAUAUUGCUGUUUACAAACAAACUGACCAUAGUUCUUAAACUACAGAGACAUGAACGCCAUUUAACUAAUAUUUGAUAUUAUUCGUGUUUGCAAUGUAAGUAGAACAUAGACGGGGUUUUAACAAAACCCACUCGCCACUUAAAAGUUCUACUCCCGUCACAUUAAAUUUGUGCCUGGUCAAGAAAUAUUAAAUCCCAGCUCUGAUGGAAAUAAAGUUAUAUUGUGAAACCAAA